AUGCCAGAGCCAAAUGAUGAACCACCCUCCGGAUUCAAUUGGUGGAGGAGAACUUUGAGCUACAAGACAGGCCUGGGUUUAACUCAAGAAGAAAAAGUAAAGUAUGAGAACGAUCUCAAACUCAAAAAGUCCAAAGAUGACUGUGCCAAGUGCUACGAAUACAGAGACUGGAUGUUGCGGUAUUCACCAACGGUAAAGUUCCUGAUGGAUCAAAUUUCUCAAGCAGGGGGGCAGAUUUCUGCUAAGGAUAUUGUGUGCGACGAAUGCGAUGAUUUGAAAGGUGGAGGGUUUCAUCCUGAAAUUGGAAUCCUUAUUUGUCAAAACAGGUUGAUAGACAAGUGGCAUCUGGAAGACAUUGUUUCUCAUGAGUUGAUUCACGCCUAUGACAACACCAAGUUCAAAGUGGACUGGUUUAAUUUGCGUCAUCACGCUUGUUCUGAAAUUAGGGCGUCGUCACUCAGUGGUGAAUGCAGGAUAAUGCAACAGUUUUGGAGAUCAUCAAUUAGUAGAUUCAAUAGUGGGCAUCAAGAUUGCGUCCGAAGGAGAGCUGUUCUAAGUUUGCAGGCAAAUCCUAAUUGUAAGGAUAAAGAACAGGCUGAAAGUAUAGUUGAUGAAGUUUUUGAGAGCUGUUUCAAUGAUACCAGACCCUUUGAGAUGAUCUACCGAUGA